AUGGCCAUCGUGAAUCUGAUCAAAGACAGAGCAGUGACAUUUAUUGAUAUUUGCAAAAAUCUCCCCAAGACCAACGUGGCCUCCUUGAUCUUCGCCCUGAUCAGCACUGUGCUCCUUAUUAUUGUGAAAGAGCUCAACAUGAAAUACAUGAAGAAGAUCCGGGUGCCCAUCCCCAUGGAGAUUGUCAUAGAUUCUGCAGACAGUACCCGCAUCUCCAUCACCUUCUUCCGACUUUUCCGGGUGAUGCGGUUGGUGAAGCUGUUGAACCGGGGGGAAGGAGUCAGGACCCUGCUCUGGACCUUCAUCAAGUCCUUCCAGGCCCUGCCCUACGUGGCGUUGCUGAUCGUGAUGCUGUUCUUCAUCUACGCUGUGAUCGGGAUGCAGGUGUUUGGGAAAAUCGCCCUGGUGGAUGGAACCCAAAUCAACCGGAACAACAACUUCCAGACCUUCCCACAAGCCAUCCUGCUGCUCUUCAGGGGAAGAAUCAAACAUCUGGAUGUGGUGACCCUGCUGAGAUGCAUCCAGCCUCCCCUGGGCUUUGGGAAGUUCUGUCCGCACCGUGUGGCUUGCAAGCGCCUGGUGUGCAUGAACAUGCCUCUGAACAGCGAUGGCACCGUCACCUUCAAUGCCACUCUCUUCGCUCUGGUGCGGACUGCCCUCAAGAUCAAGACGGAAGGUAACUUUGAGCAGGCCAAUGAAGAGCUGAGGGCCAUUAUCAAGAAGAUCUGGAAGAGAACUAGCAUGAAACUCCUGGACCAGGUCAUUCCACCAAUUGGAGAGGAUGAGGUGACUGUGGGCAAGUUCUACGCGACCUUCCUCAUCCAGGAGCACUUUAGGAAAUUCAUGGAGCGCCAGGAGGAGUAUUAUGGGUAUCGGCCCAAAAAGAACGCCAUUGCUAUCCAGGCCAGUCUGACAAGCAUUGAAGAGGAAGCUGCGCCCGAGAUACACCGAGCGAUCUCUGGGGACCUGACUGCCGAGGAGGAGCUGGAGAGGGCCAUGAUGGAGGCAGCGAUUGAGGAAGGGAUAUACAGGAGGACAGGUGGCUUGUUCGGUCAUGUUGACUCCUUCAUGGAGCGGAACAGGCCCCUGCAGCCCCACGUGACCAACCAGAGACCCCUGCAGUUCACUGAAGUGGGGAGUGAAGACUUGGACUCCCCUGUCUUCCUCGAUGACUUCCCCCCAGACAGGAACACCACCAGCAACACAGCCACACGGGUGCAGUACGAGGACGAGCUGCGGGGGGAGAGGAUGCUGCUGGCAUCCUGCCAGCCACAGCCACACUCUGCCCUGGGCCACAACCGCUCCUUCCGCCUGGAGAAGCGGCAGCGGUGGCUGGACAGGAGGUGGGCAGCCAGUGUCGGCGGAUGCCCGGGAUUGGAGCUGCAGCUGCGCAGAGAGGAGGCCGCUGCCCAGGAGCGGGGAGCGGACCUGAGCUCCAAGUGCCAGCUGGAUGGUGGCAGUGACAUGAACGGGGAGGGAGAUGCUGCUGCCUCCACCCCAGCCACCACCUUACUCAUCCAGGAGGCUCUGCUCUCCAGGGGCCUGGGCGCUCUGGCCCACGACCCAUCCUUUGUGACGGGCAUGAGAGUCGAGGUGGCUGCCACCUGCCAGCUGGAGAUGGUGCUGAUGGAAGAGGCUGUGGCCGAGCUGCUGAGGGGAAGGGAAAGCCCAGAGGGAGCAGAGGCCGGUUCCACCCACUGA